UCUCGCGAGGCUUUGCAUUUCCGGUUCCGGGUGCUGCGGGUUGCUAGGGCCUGCUUCGGGUUGCUAAGAGAGGCCUAGCGAAGGCUCGAAGGCGUUAUGGCGGGGAGUAGGUUGGAGAAGCUGGGCAGCGUCUUCAGCCGCACACGGGACCUGCUACGUUCAGGGGUCAUUCCUGAAGCCAAGAAACCCAUCUGGUUUGAUGUUUAUGUCGCUUUUCCUCCGCUGAGGGAACCUCUCUAUCGGGAACUUCGUCCGCAAUAUGGCAAGAUCCAAGAUGUGGUUCCCCCCAUCCUGUACAAGGAGGAUGAGAUUAGAGCGAAAUUUUAUAAAGCUUAUGGAAAUGGUCCAAGAGCCUUUGAACUGUCCAGAUUAAACUUCAAAUCCACCUGCCAAAGGUUUGUUGAGAAAUACAUUGAACUGCAGAAACAGGGAGAAAUCGAUGACGACAAACUGUUUGAAGAAACAGGGAAAGCGCUCUUGGCCGAGGGACUUCUUUUACGCAGAAAAGUGACAGAGAAUGUAGCCCAGCAGGCUUCUCCGGAAGCCAGAACCAGGGACCCGAUGCUAGAGAUGCGACUCCAGAGCAUGCUGCAGGAGAUGCAGUACGGCAAGCAGGAGCAGGAGCAGGAGCCUGAAACCACAGAUGCACCAGAGAAAGGUCCUGCCCCAUCCUAAGGGCUCCACAUUUUUCAGUUGCCUUGUAAAAGAAGGGUUAGAUGCCACCGAAUGUCUUGUCUGUGGGCAUAGGACUGGCUGGACAGAGACACUUACAAACAAGCGGUUGGCCUUUUUCCACCCACCUCACUAUUUCAUGUUGUUACACACAUUGACUUGCAGCAAAUGGAUAACGAGGACUUUGUCUCAUUGUGACUUGCUAUGGCACAGGAGGGGCCAGUCCUGCACACUCAUGUGCCUAAUAUGAUGGAUUUGUUUAUUAAAACUUCCUUCAGAAGUG